AUGUCCCUUGUACCAAGGAUUCAGAAACGACCACUUCUCUUCCAAGUACCCACAGGGGCCCACUUGAACGUGUCCAUGGAGGACAAGCUGAAAAAUUCAUCAGAGGCAGUGCAGCGUCUCAAUGAGCAUAUUGCCGACCUGAGGAAGCUCUUGGCUACGAAGGACAAAGAAGUUGAAGACCUGCGCUCACAGUUAGAAGAUUUACGGGGAGCAAAAUCACAUACGGACACAGAGGAGCUCGGAAAUGCUAGUGCCGAUGUCGGAGGGCUGUCUGCGGGCCACUUGCAAACGUCAGAACGGCAACGUGGGCAAAUGGACUCCUCCUUACAAUUGAGGUCUUCUCAAGAGCUUGCAUCACUAGAAGCAAGGAAUUCGGAAUUAGCUCGGGCGCUUGCAGAGAAGGAGGAGGCUGUGCUUAGCUUGAAACGCCAGCUGACAGAAGUGAAGGAGCAUGCAGAGGAGUCGGUCAAGGAGAAAGAUGAACAGUUGGAGAAUUUGCGGAGGAGUUUGGCAGAUCUUCGAGAAAAGGCGGAGCCUCUGUUGCGCCUUGGGUCUCCCGAAACGUUGCAGUCGUUGGUGACGAAAAACUCGGAAUUAGUGGGGGAGCUCGCCGAGAAGGAGGAGGCUGUGCUUAGCUUGAAACGCCAGCUGACAGAAGUGAAGGAGCAUGCAGAGGUGAGCCGUUACAGUCGGGUAGCAUUUGGUGUGUGGAGGUGGGUAGGGCGAAGUAGUGAUUGCUGGUAUUAG